AUGGGAUCCCAAGCAAAUAGUUUAUCAGAAUUUGAGGAGGAAAAUAAAAAUAAAUAUUGCAAGGCUUGUAAAAAGCCCGUAGUCAGUUCCUGGGAUUGUCAAAAUUGCACUUCUUAUUUUCAUCCAAGCUGUGCAAGACAGGCCAAAGUUGUGUAUAAAGACAAGAACCAGAAAGAGUUUGUAAGCUGCUGUACAAGUGAAAUGGAUGAGAAGAAGAUUAAAGCUAUAUUUGGGGAUCUACUUAAGGAGCACCUAUCCUCAUUUAAGAAAGAAAUUAAUAAAGAACUUGGUGAAUUGAAGAAAUCGGUCCAGUACAUUUCUGACUCAUUCGAUGAGCAGAAGAAGGCUAUUGAGAAGCUGUUUUCGGAAACAAAGCAACUAACAGAAGACAAAGCAGCUAUGACACUGAAAAUACAAGAAUUGGAAAACAGGAUAAAUGAAAUAGAACAACAGAAAAUAGAGAAAAAUAUCAUCAUAGGUGGUAUACCGAAGCAAGAAAAUAAAAGCCUAACUGAAGUUGUGCAACAUGUUGCAAGGUCAAUACAGAUUGAAAUUAAAGCUGAUUCAAUCUGUGAAACAUACCGCUUAGGUAAGCACGAAAAUGCACCUGUGCUAGUGAAACUAAGUACCCAUAAAACUAAAAUCGAAUUUUUUCAAAAAGUGAAACAAAUGAAGGGAAUUGACACUCAUGUUUGUGGUCUAAAUGGAAACAGCAAAAUCUACAUAAAUGAAGAUCUGACGCCACAUAUUCAAAAGCUUUUUAAAAAAGCGAUGGAGAUAAAGAAACAAAAAAACUUCUACUCAGUUUUUACCAGAAAUGGUAAAAUAUUACUAAAAAAAACUAGAACUGAGGCUCCGGUGAAGAUUUUGUGUGAGCAGGACUUGAAGCUGUAA